GUAGAUCUUGGGCUUUUGCCCCAAAGUAGUGGGGCACCCCCUACCUGCACCCGAACCCGGACCCGCACCUUCACCCUACCGAUUUCCAAUUUGCACCUAUGAUUCUAUUCUGCAGAACAGAGAACGGAGAACCCUCAAAAAACCCUCUGGAAUUCACUCUCUGCUUCGUUACUGUGUCAAAUUCUGUGAUAUACUCCACCGAUUAGUUUAUUUGCCAAAAAAUGCCGUUGGGACUGAUACUGGGGAUAGGGAGGGCGAUGCGGAGGAAGCGAACGUCCUCAUUGGAUAUUCUAUCGUCAAAACGCGCCCCUCGCGAUUACUACAAGGGGAAGAAUUGCAAGCCUACCGGUUUUCACACUCGUAAAGGUGGGUACGUUAUUGUGCCUGAGAAAUUGCCCAACUAUGUAGUCCCUGAUUUGACCGACUUCAAGCUAAAGCCUUAUGUGUCUCAAUGUCCAAGAGAAGUUAAAACAACUGAAUCUUCUGAAGCUGCCAAGUAAAAUAAAUGGGACGAGAACAAGUAUGCAAUCUCUUUGCGUCAUUGUCCAUCUGCCACUGUGUUGAUCCAGACUCAAGUCGAACGUUAUCUGACAUUGCCAUUGUGAAGUGUCUUUGAAGAAAUGAGAGCUAGUGUUGGUUUCUGUUUCUUGCUCGUUAAACUUAACUAACAAGUUGUACUUGCCUUUUCAACUUUGAUGGCUUAAUAUAUAUGUGUGGUAGCAAUAAUUGGAAGAAUCUUGUGCUAGAACUCCUACAGAUUCAUGUUCUCUUCAUGAUCAAAAUACAUCCAGCCCCAUAAGAAUGAAUUGAAGUUUUUCGUUGA